AUUCAUAUCGGUGUGUAGUUCUCUUAUGUCGUAAUGCUUUCAUGUGUCAGUGCACCUUUACUGUACCCUUGUAUUUUUUUUCAUUGCGGUGUAGCACCUGCCGAUUGUAGGAUCACCCUCCGAGUCAUACUCUUCCUGUUUCGCAUCCCUAUCGUGCUAUCGCCUACUCUAGAGUCUUUCGCAGAUUUAUUAAAUGCUCGAUUAUAUGUUGGUGGUUCAUUAUGCGGGAUGUGCCAGGAAGGAAUGCCGUCGAUCGAAAGCACUGGUGAGUUUGACUCAUCGCAGGAGUAUCUUCGAUACUUCUCGUUUCUACUACCAUUGUAAGGGAAAAUCGACCAUCUAAUAUUCGUCGGCCAGUUUAAUGCUCCGGUCGCCCUGUGCUUGACUUCAACUGCCGUCUAGUAAGUCCCUCAUUGCACUGAGUCACGCCAAUGCAACAGGGCUCAACAUAACACUGAUAACCUUCCGCCUAUUCCUUCGAUAUGCCCGG